AUGGCAAUAUCUCAGAACACUCCUUACCAACUCCUCCGUUUUGUUGUCAUUCCUGCAUAUGUGGAGGAUGUGGACAACUAUUUCAUGCUUCUGGAGGGAUGUGCGCAAGAGGAAGGUGAGGAGGAGCCGCAGCCAGGCCCUGAGCCCGAGCCUGAGAGCCAAGAAGCUGGGGAGGCCGCGGAUGCUGAGCUUGGCUGGGCAGUGGAUACAAACGCAGACACCUCCCGCGAUGUGGCCCUGGACAUAGGGGACACGGACUUUGAGGAGUAUGCUGCCGACUUAGAGGCACAAGCGCAGCUUCAGAUGGAAGCAGAGGUUGAUGCCGAAGCAGAGCUAGCGCUGGCAGAAGAGGAUGUGCGGGCGCAAGAGCUUGCACAGGAAGCUGCCGACAUGGCUGCUGCCUUUGGAGUCGAAGACGAGGUUCCCAACUUCGGGAUGAUGGAGGAUGAUGGGAACCUUUUGGCUGGGGGGAGGGGGUAG